GAACGCUUGAGGCUACAUCCAGCCGGGGAGGCCACUGAGUCCCCCACAUCCCUAGACCACUAGUUCCCGGAGUGCCAUGGGACAGCUGAUAGCCAAACUGAUGCGAAUCUUUGGGAGCCAGGAGCACAAAGUCAUCAUCGUGGGACUGGACAAUGCAGGAAAGACCACCAUUCUCUACCAGUUCCUGACCAAUGAGGUGGUUCACACGUGUUCCACCAUUGGUAGCAACGUGGAAGAAAUUGUUCUUCGGAAGACCCGCUUCCUCAUGUGGGACUUAGGGGGCCAGGAGGCUCUGCGCUCCUCCUGGGACACUUACUACUCCAGUACGGAGUUUGUCAUCCUUGUGAUCGACAGUACAGACCGGAAUCGGCUGCUGACCACCCGGGAGGAACUGUAUAAGAUGCUGGCCCAUCAGGCGCUUCAAGAUGCCUCAGUCCUGAUCUUUGCCAACAAGCAGGAUGUGAAAGACUCCAUGAGCCCAGCAGAGACCUCCCAGUUCCUCACGCUCAGUGCCAUCAAGGAGCACCCGUGGUAUAUCCAGAGCUGCUGUGCCCUCACUGGAGAAGGGCUGCCAGCUGGGCUUCAGUGGAUGCAAUCUCAGACCACGACCAACUGAAGUUGCCGCCUGAGGCCUACCAGAAGCCGCACGGUUAGCACCGGUGGGACACCCCAUCAUUUGCUGGUGGAAGCGGGGUGUCUGGCUAUGGACAGAGAGACUGCCACUGGCCCCUCAUUUGCUACUGAGGAGCUGGAUCAAGGACUUCAAGAUGGUGCGGGCAGAGCCAUAGAUGAAAUGUCUCCCACUCCAACACUGAAGGUGUGAGGAGACACGGGGAACCUGCUGGGUGUGUUGGGGGACCUUCUCCCAGCCUUCACCUUCUGUCUGCCCGGAAAGCAAGAGAUUUUUGACAUUGGGCCAUAUUCUUUGGACAAAGGAGAUCCCGAUAAAGGAGCCAACAGGACUGGGCCAAAACUUGCCCGGUGUGGUGAGCUGGAUCGGUGGAGGAUGGGAAGACAGAACCUUCCAGAAAGAGGCAACCCUUCACACUGCAGGAAUCGGUGCCCUCCCACCCCCUCCCCUUUCUGCUCCCUCUUGGGUGCUAACUCUGACUCCAGCUUUUGGGGUCCAAGUCACCACGUGGAGUCUCUCAGUGUUCUUCCAGUGUGAGUCCUUACUCCUCUCAAAUGUCAAG